AUGGCCGACGAAACCGGAAAGCAGGGCCCUACCCCGUCCGAAGCCAUCUUCUUCUUCAACAUUGUCCAGCACAUGAAGAACAAGGGCGACAUUGACUGGGACGCCGUCGCCGAGAGUUCUGGCUUCAAGAAUUCCGGCGUUGCCAAGGUUCGCUUCGGCCAGAUCAAGAGAAAAUAUGGUCUCGAUGCCAACAGCCCCAGCAAGAAGACCGGCAUUGCCGGCGACAUACCCUCGACUCCUACCAAGGUGACCAAGUCCCGCAAGGCACCCGGCAGCGGUGGCCGUGGCCGCAAGGUCAAAAAGGCCGAGACCGAUGAGGACGACGAGGAAGAGCUGCCGCGCGGGGCCAAGGAGAAGAGCGAAACGCCGCCCGGAUCGGCCAUCAAGGGAGAGGCUGACUGGGUCGAAGUCAAGAGUGAGAAGCCCAGCGACGGAUUCAUCCUAUUUUGA